AUGGGGUUACACACAGAGCUGACUGACUCGAUUCUAGAGGUGGAUGUAAUCAUCGCUGGCGGUGGUACCGCAGGUUGUGUCAUCGCCUCCAGGCUGGCAGAUGCAGACAAGCAGCUCUCUAUUCUCGUGGUGGAGAGCGGCCAGGACAACUUUGGCCUGCCUACGGUGACUAACCCAGCACUUUGCCGGGCCACUCUUAUGCCCGGCACUGCCAAUGCCUUUCACUACAAGAGCCGCAAGGAGGCACAGCUCUCAGACCGGGAGGUCGUCGUGACCACGGGUGGUCUCCUGGGCGGGAGUUCUUCUAUCAAUGGCAUGAUCUAUCAACGUGGUCAGCUUUGCAACUUCGACUCGUGGGAUACCAGAGGCUGGUCAGGAAAGGAAGUCGUGUCGUUUCUGAAAAAGUUCGAGACGUACGACGGUGAAGAUGGCAAUGAGAGCCACGGACACGACGGCCCGAUGCAUGUCUCUGGCGGGCUGUACCGUGGCAAGGAAGUCGGAGACGACUUCAUCGCCGCCACGGCGCAGCUAGGGUAUCCUGAAGUCCAGGACCUACAGGACCUCGAGACUGUGAACGCCGUGUCGCCCCUGCGCCGGUUUGACGGCGAGCAUCCGAACCUUCACGUCCUCGUCGGGUCGCAGGUGACACGGAUCAUCUUUGACGAGGGAAAACGGGCCACGGGCGUGGAGUUCAGGCCGAACCCGGAGCUCAAGGCCGAGGGAUCUGCCGAGAGGCCUGCCACCGGGACAGUGAGGGCAAGGAACAUGGUCAUCGUUACGGCUGGUGCCUUCGGAAGCCCGAACAUGCUCGAGAGGUCAGGAAUCGGUGCUCUAGAGGUCUUGCAGCAAGCGCGUGUGCCUGUUGUAGCCCAUCUGCCGGGUGUGGGCCACGGUUACCAGGAUCAUCAGGCGUCCCUGUACACAUACAAGGCUGAAAUGCCGCCAGAGGACAGCUGGGAGAGUAUCUACAACGGGACCAGGCAGAUCCCAGAGCUGCUAGCAAACAACGACAAGAUACUGAGCUGGAAUGGCGUGGACGCUUCUGCCAAGAUCCGACCGACGCAAGUUGAAGCCGACAGUCUUGGGCCAAGGUUCCGGCAAACUUGGGAUCAAGAUGUCAAGGAUGUCCGGAGUAAGCCGCUUGUCUCGCUGAUUCUUAUUACUGGCAUCCUUGGGGAUCCUACCCCCUUCCCGCCGGGACUAUACCUCACGGUCUGCAGCUAUACGACAUACCCGUACUCACGCGGCCAUGUGCAUAUCACCGGCCCGAGCAUAGACGACGCCGUCGAUUUCAAGACAGAAUAUCUCUCGGACCCGGACGACUUCGACCUCAAGGCCCAGGUGUGGGCUUACAAGAAGCAACGCCGUGUGGCGCGAGGCAUGCCUGUCUUCGGCGGCGAGUUACCCGGGCAGCACCCGGCCUUCCCUGAAGGCUCCAAGGCAUCCCCUGUCCCCGAGAAGAAGGCGGGAGGCGACGGCGCGGCCACGGACGUGGAGUACGGGCCCGAGGAUGACGCGGCCAUCAAGCACUUCAUCCGCACGAGCGUCGGGACGACGUGGCAUCCCCUCGGCACGUGCAAGAUGGCGCCGGUGGAGCAGAUGGGCGUGGUGGAUGAUCGGCGAGAAAGCCGCGGAUACUUUUAUACGCGAGCUCGGUCUUAG